AAUCCAAAUCAAGCAGCCAUCUUUUGCCGACUGGUUUUGCUUUUUUGACCCUUUUUUCCUUGUUUUUAUUCGUAAAUUGUCGUUUUCCUAAAAAAUUAUUAGUGGCGUUCUUGUAAUUUAAUAAUAAACAAGGGUUAUUUUUGUUAGGAUACUGUAUAUAUACCUAUUGAUAUUUCUUAACCUUAUCUACUUAUACCAUCAUCAGCUGAAUCCUCAUUGAUCUUCAUCUUCAACCUCAAGAUUUUUGAUUGAAUGGCAAUGGAAGUAAUUUCGGGGAGAUCGUCUUCUUCGUCGUCGACUUUGAAUCCCAACGCUCCGAUGUUCGUUCCCUUGGCUUAUCGGACGGUGGAAGACUUCUCCGACGAGUGGUGGGUCCUCGUUCAGUCCUCUCCUUGGUUCCGCGACUACUGGCUCCAGGAGCGCUUCUGUGAUCCCCAAACUGACCCUUCCUUCCUUGAUAUUUACGAUCCUGCCCUCGCUGAAUUCGAUUCGCUAUUCGAUAACGACGAAGAGGAAGUAGAGGGAGAUACAGAUACUCCAACGGACUUGAUUCGUUUGGGAGCAGUGAAAUGGCGGAAGGGCCGUGCUCCGGUGGAAGCUCCGAGGUACAUCGAGAAGGCGCCCAAGUUUGUGAAGCCGAAAAUGAGUCCCCGAACGAUUCAGCAGCCGAGGUAGAUUUGAGUCAAUAAUCGAUUCAGUGAGUUCGGUCGCGAUUUCCUAACUUAUCUGCAGUUUUUUUCUGUUUUUUUUGUUAAUGUAAAUCUUUCAUGUACAGAGUAAUGACUUGCUAGUUGUACUCGUUGUAGGCCUAGUUUAUAUUUUACGACCGUUCUUGUACUUUUCACUUUAUUCCGGAAUAAAAAGAACAAACAAAUUUACAGAAA